GGGAAGGGUGGGUAUAAGUUCAAGCUGAGUGUUCUGUUGUCGGAGCCCCCCAACCUGACAGCAAAGAGGCAUAGCUCUGGAUCUAAGAAAGGAGAAGCCAGAGACACCAAGUUGAACUUGCUUUGGGGGUCAGCCCUCGAUGCCACUGAUGGCAACCAACUGGAGAUGUUUUCUCAUAGCUGUCCUGAUAGCAGCAGUGGAGAUUAAGAGAGCUGGCUGCAUGGUCAUCUUGAGCUCCAGAAAAACAGUUUCCCUGCAAGAAGGAGAAAAACUGAGUUUAAACUGCACCCUGUCAUACCACAAAGAAGAAGCCAUGGGGCUGAUAAUAUUUUGGUGUAAGAACAAGACGGAACACAACUGCUCUCCUGAGACCAGUUUGCAGCUGCUAAAACUGAGAAGAGAAGUGGAAGUGGGGGAAAAAGACACUUGGAAGAAACUCUACACUUCCUUUGUCUUUACCAUACCUCAGGCCAGGAUGGCAGACAGUGGCAUCUACCAGUGUUGUGCAAGCCGCCAGAAUCCCAGCACUUCCUUUCAGGGCCAUUACAUUUUUGUGACAAUCACAGCAGAGAAAGGGAACUACACCAAGACAGAACUGCCGGAGCAAAAGGAUGACUUAUCUAGCCACAGUGGAAGGGCAUUCAAGACAAGUCCCCUGAAGGAAAAAAUCUGGGUACUCAUGAUCACAGGCUUGCUAGCCCUUAAAGGUUUGUAAACAGUCUGGGAAAGACUCCCAAACAGGAGCAUCAAACUCCCUGAAAGAAAAUCUCGACUAAAAUUUAAGCUUUUUCCUCCUAUAUUUCGCAUCGUAAACUUCCACUAAGAGCAGAGGGCUCCUGGGGUUGGGAGGCGGAGAAGUAAUAUCCACAGACCAGAAGUCAGGAGAAUGGAAUUCUCCUGGAUCUUCCAAUGACCAGCAAGCUCCAAGCCUUUGGGGAAAAUCACCCCCUCUAAGACAGUUUCCUCAUUAAUAAAAUAAUGAGGUUGGUAUGGAUGCUUUGGUUACUCUGAAGUCUGAAUUUAUCUGCUAAGCAGCAUCUAGAAGAAAACCAAGUGAAGUUUGAGUGUACAGCUUGGGUGCAGUAGACCCAUCUUCCUGAUUUCAUUU